CAGACAUGAUGAAUAUUAAGCAUCGAUGAGCUCGCAAUGCGAGCGAUGAUUAUUAUAUAGUUUUCAAACUGACUUGUCUGCUGCAGCCCUGGUAAUACUGUACAGUGAUUCGCAAUAGUUGGUGUUGUGGGGCCAUCAGCCGCCAUUGAUUAGUUUUAGCCAAAUAUGAGGGGCAACCCGAUGAUUACAAAAACUGAACGAGGGGGUAUUGGAUGUAUGAGGGCCAACGAUGGUGGUCUCACAACCCACAAGUCUGUUUCAAUAGUUGCCCUCUUGUUCGUCAGUAUUUUGCUCUUCUCCUGCCAGCUUAUCACCAGGUGGUGAGCGGCGUUCACCAGUGAAGAGAUUUAAAAGGCCGAUCUGAGCCCUUACAGGCGGUAGCAGAACCUGCUACUUUUGAUGAUUCCAAUCUGAGAAGGCGAAAGUCUGAGGUGGAGGGAGUAGAGUACUUUGCAUGAAUGAGGUGCAGGCGACUAUUGAGAAAUGGCCGAUGAUGACCAGAUUGAUCUCCCUAGCAGAACUUCUGCUCUGAGGGUUCUUACACUUGAUCUGAGGGCCUUCUACAAUUCAUUACCUAGAAAAUUUAUAAUUCCAUUGACAACCUGGAAAAGUUUCCUGCCUUAAUCAGCCUGUAAUGUUAUCAUUCGGUUC